AUGGCGGGAGAGGGGACUUCACGCAAGAGGGUUCGUCUCAUGGAGGGGGAGCUACUCCAAUGCCUCGGUAUGCAGGCAGGUAACACCCAUCCAUUCCCAACGCCGCCCACUCCUCCUGCGGCAUCGGAGUAUCUGAAAGGGAUCCCGCAAGGACAAGCUGAGCUGCAGGCAAAGCUGCAAGCUGAGGCGGAUCGAUUGGAGGCUGAGAAGCAGGCAAAGCUGGCUGAGCUUGCGCGGGUGGCGACUGAGGCGCAGGCAAAGUUGCAGGCAGAGGCAAAGUUGCAGGCGGAGGUGCAGGCAAAAGUCUGGGAGGCACCCCCGACUCUUGACGAAACGGCACAGAUGUCGCGCUUAAUUGCGGCGAGUGUGAGGAGCGUGGACUGUGAGGACCCGGCGAUUGACGAUCUGAUUGGAAAGACCAUCGCCUCGCUGAUCAAGUCCUUGCGGGCUGUUUACGGGGGCGCCACGGCAGCCAAGUCUGGGGAUGAGAUGGUGAUCGAGUUCGUUCGUAGUCACAUCCACCAGUUUCUGUCGGAAGUGACCAGUUGGGGCAACCAGAGAGUCAUUCAGAGAUCGCCUUCAGGAGGGGCCUCUAUCAUUGAAGGGGCGAGACCACCGUACGCUGCCCUGAAUUGGUUGGUCCACGACCUCAAGGAGACAUGGGGCUCGAGCUCAAGAGCCCGUCAAAGGGUCUGGGCGGGGAAGAGAGAGAAGAACAGAUCGCGCCUCGAAAGCCUCGAAAAGCUGCUGAAGGCAGGCAAGCAACCGGAAGAGGGCGGUCUGGGGGCAACCAAUAAACAGAUGUUGGCAUACCUCUUGGACGACCGGUGUGCGACAAAGAUACCGGACUAUCUGGAGCUAUUCAAGUGGGCAGAGGACCGCAAACGCUACUUGGGCCCCCUCGACAAGAAGAGCAGCAAGCAAAAGGUCCCCUUCUCACAGAGUAAGCUCCUCGAAUGGCGCAGAGAGAUGCGGCAGCACAGAUGA